UUGACUUUUGUAACUGUUUCCAUAUGAUUCUACAUUUGGCCAAACCGGUGGAAUAACACUGUUUUCUUCCCCUUCCAUUUCCAUUCUAAUAAUAUUCUUUUAAAACUCUCCAUUUCAAAGAAUGCCCAAAAAUAAUAGUGUACACUAGCUGGUGUAUUGUAGGCCCAAAAUAUUUUGUCUACUUCUCUUUGUAGCUUCUCUGCCAUUAAUAUUUCUCAAUCAGGAAUAGCCCAUUCAAAUAUAAAUGAUUUGCAAUUUGUGUGGCUGUCAUUAGAAUCUGUGGACACCAUAUGGACUGCAAAAAAUAAUGAGGAAUUCUAAGACUUCCUGAGAUGCACAGAUAAAUCUCAGGACAGGUGCUUGCCACUUGUCACAAGUUCUUCAGAGUGCUGCCGCUUAACUCUUCUCCAAUCCUUCUCAAGUGGAAACAUUACAGUAUUGCUGAGAGCAAACAUGGGUGCGGCAGAGUCAUCCUCCAAGCUUGGUGGUUCCGUCCAUGACUUCGUCGUUAAGGAUGUGAGAGGAAAUGAUGUGGAGCUCAGCAGAUACAAGGGGAAAGUCCUGCUUAUUGUGAAUGUCGCAUCUCGGUGUGGUCUGGCAAAUUCCAACUACACGGAACUGGGUCAGCUCUAUGAGAAAUACAGGGAGAAAGGUUUGGAGGUAUUGGCUUUCCCCUGCAAUCAGUUUGCCGGGCAGGAACCAGAUAGCGAUGAGAAGAUUGUGGAGUUUGCUUGCAAUCGCUUCCAAGCAGAGUUUCCUAUUUUUCGCAAGGUCGACGUGAAUGGCGACAAUGCUGCCCCGCUGUACAAGUUCUUGAAGUCAGAGAGAGGCGGUCUAUUCGGAGAGCGUAUCAAAUGGAACUUCACCAAGUUCCUAGUUGACAAAGAGGGGCACGUCAUGAACCGAUAUGCACCGACCUGGUCCCCACUCGGCAUUGAGAAUGACAUCAAGAAGCUGUUGGAGGUUUGAGGUAUCUCCAGGGAAGAUCAUGCUGGGCGUGUUCACUCAUGUGUAUGUGUCAUCUGUUCUUUUCGCUACUGUAUGUGUAUGUACACUUGCUCUAUCAAGAGUAACUCCAUCCUGUUGUAUGCUACUCUGUUUUCUACAUGGUGAAAAGAAAAUAACAAUUUCGCCGAAAUACAAACAAAAUUAUAUUU